AUCAAAGGCGACAAAGGAGACGACGGUUUCCCUGGAAUUCCUGGGCAGCCGGGAAGAGAAGGUCAGAGAGGACCUCCAGGAGCUCCUGGAUCAGCGCCUCAAGGAUCAUAUGUAAAAGUUCCGGGACCUCCAGGCCCUCCCGGGCCCCCUGGUCCGCCCGGCUUGUCAAUCGGACAAAAAGGAGAACCCGGGAUCGGUAGAAGUCACGUUUUCGGAGAGAGAGAUUAUUAUCCCCCCAGACAAGGAGCCAGAAGUAGUCUGGACGAAUUGAAAGCUCUACGUGAACUCAAGCAACUGAAAGAACUAAAAGAGCAAUUAGGUGUUGCUGCCGCUACAAGGGGACCUUUAGAAAGUACAACGAAAAUUGUGCCAGGAGCUGUUACGUUCCAAAACACAGAAGCCAUGACAAAAAUGUCUAGUGUAAGUCCAGUCGGGACGCUGGCUUAUAUAAUAGACGAACAAGCUUUACUAGUCAGAGUUAACAAUGGAUGGCAAUACAUUGCACUCGGCUCACUUUUACCUAUCACAACGCCAGCACCACCAACGACAUCUCCACCGCCAGCAAACCCUCCUUUCGAAGCAUCCAACUUAAUUAAUCAAAUACCCGUGAAAGCCGACGGUACAGGGUGGUAUCCGCGAAUGUUGCGGAUGGCUGCGUUGAACGAGCCGUUCACUGGUGAUAUGCAUGGUAUACGAGGAGCAGACUACGCUUGCUAUCGACAAGCAAGGCGAGCAGGCUUGAGAGGUACCUUCCGUGCUUUCCUUAGCUCUCGAGUUCAAAACGUCGAUAGCAUUGUCAGAUUAGGAGAUCGAGAUCUUCCUAUCGUUAAUAUAAAGGGAGACGUGCUAUUCAACUCUUGGAAAGAGAUGUUCAACGGAAAUGGGGCAUACUUCUCUCAGAAUCCCAGAAUCUACAGCUUCAAUGGAAAGAACAUCCUUACUGACUUCGCAUGGCCCGAGAAAGUCGCGUGGCACGGCUCUCACAAACUCGGCGACCGUGCAAUGGACACUUACUGCGACGCCUGGCACUCGAGCAGUUCGGAUCGCUACGGAUUAGGCUCGCCGUUGACCGGCGGUCGACUGUUAGAACAAGUACGAUACUCGUGCGACAAUAAAUUCGCGCUGCUCUGCAUCGAGGUGACGAGCGAGCUGGUGAGGAGACGGCGGAGCGCCGACAAUCGGCCAGACGACGACAUCGAGAUGUCGGAGAACGACUAUAUGGAGUACUUGGAAGAGCUCAUGCAAUACUAAAUACUCGCACCUUCGACCAUCCACCAUCGCAACGCGAAAAUCGAGCCGUUAUGUAAAUAGGAAUGCAGAUGCGCGCGCGCUGCGUUUCUUCGCGCGACAUAUAUAAUAAUAUAUAUAUAUAAAUAUAUAUAUAAAAGAAAAAUCUCACGUUCAAGUAAUAAUUCAUAUCGAUAUACAUAUCGUGAAGUCAUAGCGUGUGCGAGCCAUCGCGAACAGCGUUACAUCUCAUUUUUCGCAUUCCCGAAAUCAGGAAAAACUAUUUCCGAUUCCAAAGGUAUAAUUAAUUGUACUUUCCCAAUGAAACCACUAGCCAUCCGCUUCAAUCGCGUCUCAGUUCUCUCUUCUCUCGAUCUAUCUUAAACAUAAAAAGAAGACUGAUCGUCUAGAUACUCGUCAGUGUUUCGUCGUAUUCGCACCGGGUACUCCCCCUCCUAUCAGUCGCUUUCGAGAGCUUCGAUCGCUCGAGGCUUUUUGAGAAAACUCUACCGUGAUUCAACGUUCGUUAAACGUUUCCCUUCAUCACGAUAAACGUCCAAAAUUCCUUGUGGAUCAUCAAACGAGCGACACGAACCUGGACAACGAGUGCAAGAUUUGCUUAAGCCCGCGUUUAUGGCGCACUUUAAAUGCUAAAAGCGGCUGUAUAUUAUGUAGUUUUAUCCCUUAUUCUUCUCAUCAAAUAUCAUGUAUUGGACGAUGCCUACGCAGCCUACUUCUGAAUUAUUCAAAAGUCAGAAAAUGCAGGCAAUCGAUUUUUGUAACUAGACUCCGUAUCAAUAGCUUAUCAUCGCAAGAAUAAAGGAUCUGAAUACAAAAUCGUAGUAGUCUCAAAAUAAGAAAUUUUCGGAAAAUAGAAGAAAUCUCAGAUUUAAUCAUUUUUAUUUUUUAUUAUUUUAUAUUUAG